AUGGCGCAAGCCUCUCGCUAUCGGCCCAUGGAUCACCUGGACCUUCGGCUGCCCCAGAGUGUCCCUGAGGCCUACGAACACCAGGCUAUUGAGACGCCCCAGGCAGCAGCGAUUUGCGUGCCUGGACAGUUGGAGCUCAGCUACGAAGUCGUGGUGGAACGGAGUCGACUCCUUGCCUCGCGCCUCUCCGAGCGCCUCCCAGAGGCAUCGAAGGCGUGCUCCGUGGGCCUUUUGGUCGACAGGACUCAUCCGGAUUUCCUACCUUUGCUUCUGGCAUGUGCGCGCUGCCUCCGGCCCUUCAUCCUCCUCAGCACUGAUCUACCCGAUGCAGCGAGGCAAGAUGCAAGGAACCGCUUCUUGGUGGAGACCCUAAAGCCUUCUCUCGUCGUGGCAGACUCCGCGGAGCGCGUGGCUGCCAUCCCACUGGUCGAGGGACAGGACUGGAUCUCACUGGAGGAUUCUCUGUUCAACAUUGACCUGCUGGGCAGUCUAGGCCAAUCUGCUGUGGACCGGGUCAAGCAGCAGCCCAAACAUGACGAUGCGGAGUGUCUGUUGUCCUUCAUGUGUACGGGCGGAAGCCAGCGGCUGAAGAUUGCCAGAGUGACCCACCGCAUGAUGCUGCACGAGUUCCGCUUCUACGCAGAGGUCUGUGGCCUCAAGGUGCAGUCGGAGCAGAUUGAUGUCGUGGGCUUGGUGCCGGAUCAGCUCAGGCUGUUGGCCGAGGAUCCGAAGACACAGCUCCCUUCCUUGCGUCUCGUGAUCACUUGGGCCGAGCGGCUGCCCCCUGCGCUGGCUGACCGCUGGCGCGGGCAUCCGGCGAAGCUGAUCGAACUUCUGAUUGCCACGGAGUAUUGGCUGUCCUUCUAUGGGCUUCCACUACAGCAUCCCAAGGGUGAAGAGAGAACAGGAACGCCGCUCCUGCCAGCGGCUUCAGCCGUGAAGUUUGCGAUUCUCGACGACUCGCUUACACCGGUCCAAGUUGGCCAAGUUGGGGAGCUCUACCUUCAUGGACCCAUGGUUUGUGCAGGCUACGUCGAUGCCGGCGAUACGGAAGCACAGUUCCUGACACUGAGAGGGCGGCGAUACUUCAAGACAAUGGACUUGGUCCGCCUGCUGCCAUCAGGAGGCUUUGUCUAUCAUUCCCGAGCAGACCGGCAUGCGAAGCUCCGAGGCCAGUGGGUGGAUCUUGCUGCCUUAGAGCAGAGCCUGCAAGACACGGACCCAUCUGGUGACCUUGUCGCGUUCCUAGCCCUCAGUGACGCGUGUGCCUCGGCCGGUCGGGCCCGGGAGCUCCUCCCGUGGCGCGCAGCGCUGCGCCUGCGCUCGGGACUGCCCCGGACGGCCAACGGAAAGUUGGAUGGCCAGGCGCUCCAGGAAGUGAUUGCGGCAGAGAAGCGCGCUCAAGAAGUCUCAUGGCUCUUCAUGGUGUAA